AUGAAUAAAGUUUUACUCCAAUUCCUGCUCUUCUUCUUCUUCCUUGUCGGCUUGUGCCUGCGUCUGUGCCGCUUCGUCCUGGUAUCUCAUCAGUAUCUCCUACUGACGGAGCUCCAGGAAUUGCCGGGCGAUGGGUGUCAACCACAAAGGAUCAACAGAGUGACAUCCUUCUGGAUCUCGGUCCAGUGGUUCAUGAGUGCACUGGCGUUGCUUCGCUACUCAGUGUCACCGCCAGCAUCGCUCCAAAACAACUCUUCUUCAGCUGUCCACGAUGCACCUCAUCCCUUGGGCUUGCUUUGCUGUGGGGCUGGGCUUUUAGCAAGUCCGCUGGGGAUGCUCUAA